ACCAGCAUCGAUUCAAAUUCCUAAAGCCAUAAAACCAGAGAAAAAGAAAAGUUAUCAAGUGUGUGUCCAGACAGAGUUUCAGAGGCUGCUGUCCACAGCCACCACCCACAGAAACCGAACAAGAAGACAAAUAGAACCCCACCCACUACCCCCAACCUAACUAAACUAAACCCACAAAAAGGAAGGCUCUCUUCUAAAAUACUAAUCAUAAAAAUCUCUCUGUCUCUCUCUCCCUCUCUCACUCUCUGUUGUUCUUCUUCCUCUUCUAUUCCAUAAUCCAUUCCCCUAAUUCCAUCCAAAGUCACUACUCUCUCUCAUCUUGACCCAUUGUUCCCUCUUAAUUCAUUCCACAGUUUGUUUUUCUUUCUUUAUAUCUUUCUUGGACAAUCAUGCCUGUGAUUGUUGAUGAUAACUCAACAAUAGCAGAACAGAUUAGAUACAGAAGACCCAGAAACAACCAACCCAUCCCAGAAACAGAUCCAAACCCACCUCAAAUACCUUCUAUCAUCCAAUCCACUCGCUGUAAAUCCACCAUUUCCUCUCUCCUCCUCUCCACUUUCAACACCACCACCACCACCCCAAAGAAGAAGAAUUUCACAUCGGGGACAUUCAGGGGGCUCGGAUGCGCUGCCGCCGCCUCGUCCAAGGUAUCGGUGCCGGCGGUGAUUCGGAAUUCGGCGAAUUGGGAAGCGAAGAAAGUGAGGAAGAAGAAGCAGAGGAAGAACAAACCCCCCAAUCAAGCUGUGGUUAUGCCAAGCAACAACAACAACCCAUCUUCAUCAUCAGCAGCAGCAUCGACCUCAGUGAUUGUUGUUCCUGAUGUUUGGUGUGGGCCUGGGAUUGGUUUCACCACUGAUGCUUCCUCUGUUGAUUGUGUUGUGUCAAGGAGGACUGUCUCUGGAAGAUCCAAAGUCGAUGGUGAAAAGUUGAAUCAGAGGGAGCGUCUUUCAUAUUCUACGAGGAGGACGGUGAGAUCUGAACCUAUGUCUUUUAUGGAUUCUGAUCAUUCAUUUGGAAUGAUGCACCCGGGAUUGGAUGUAUUUGGUGCACGGUAUCAUCGUCAUGAUCGGCAUCGUUCUCCUGAUGGCCUUGCUGAGAUCAUGAUGCUCCAAAGUAGUUUGAUGAUGGGAGGAAGAUCCGAUGGAUUUGAUCGAUACAGAGACUGGAGACUUGAUGUCGAUAACAUGUCAUACGAGGAAUUGCUUGAGCUUGGCGAUAGAAUUGGGCAUGUGAAUACUGGGUUGAAAGAGGAUGAGAUAGUCCACUGCCUCAGAAAAACCAAGCUUUUGGAUAAUUUGUGGUCACAAUUCUCGGAAAUUGAAUGGAAGUGCAGCAUUUGUCAGGAGGACUAUGAAGCAGAAGAUGAGACGGGGAAACUGGAAUGUGGACACUUCUACCACAUUCAUUGCAUAAGGCAGUGGCUUGUGCAGAAAAAUACUUGCCCUAUCUGUAAAACUGAGGCAGCAGCAGCUCAAGAAUGAUACUUGCCAUCCUCACAAACCCUAGCGGUGUUUGGACUAAUAUGAAUUGAUCCCUGCACUGUGUGUAGUUUCGAUCUCCUGCACGAACAAGAAUCCAUUGUUUGUUGUGGUAGUUUGGUCCUUUUCUACACAAUGCAUUUGAAAUGAUGGGUGUUUGGUGAUUGAGAAUUCCAUGUUGGUUCAAAGUUAUGGUUCGGGAAAUCAAUUGGGAUCGUUUCAGCGAUUUUCUUCAGCAUUUCAUCCUCUUACUAUUCUAGAUGUUCAAUAUAUGUAAUGCUUUUGCUCCUGUAUCAUCCUCUUACUAGUAAUGAUUCUGGAUUUAUUUUGCAGAGCAGUGUUGUUAUAAUUAUUAUUAUUAUUAUACAGUAAUGAUUCUGGAUUAAAGGCUUUUAAGGCUCAAGCUCUGCUUAAGAAACUUGAAGGCUUGCCUUUAUAUUUAACAAUGUAUACACUUUCAACAUUUGGAGCUGCUCAUAUUUGAUUAUUGCUCAUGUUUUAUUU